AUGCACAUAGUUUGGGCAUCAUUGCUGGGUAGAUGAAUACAUGUUAAGGAGCUCCAGAUUAGAAUAUUUCCUGCCAGUUAAUACUGGGUAUACUCAUAUUUCCUUCCCAGUGGAGUCUCAGAUUAAAACAUUUUCUGUUGGGAUUAUCCAGACUGGGGUAUAAAACCCACGAAUAUCUUGAGCAGCACUCAGUAUUGUCUUGCACUUGGGAUAUCAAAAAGACUAAUUUGCCAUACGUUUGGAAGAUUCUGAAUGUACCAACAGUUCAUCUUUUCACAUCUUGGAUAUAGCUCUGGGUUCUUGACUGGGACUUCGAAACAAAGUUUACUUUGCUUGCAGAGAAUUCAUCCCAAGUUUUGAGUCCAUUGAAUCUCUUGGGAAAGGUGUGGGGAAUUUAGGUCCUGAUCUUCCAAAUAUUUAUACCCAGGCUUAACUUGAAGCCCAUGAAAAGUCCUAUUAGGUUCACUGGGGCUGUUCAGGGACAUAAGUGUCUGCAGAUUUAAGACUACAGUGAAUACUGGGUGGAUAUCUUGACGGUGUGGACUCAAGCAGUAAAAUUGAUUAGAACAUAACUAACCAGCAAAUCUCACCGAUUUGGUUUAAGGAGCCCUCAGAAACCUGGAAUACAAAUAAAGUGUGAUUGUGCUACAAAGAGCAGAAGAUUUUGAUGGAUUUAUUUUUCAGUUGAUGUUUGUGGCACACAUCAUUGCAGUAAUUGAGCACCUUGACAAAGACAGGAAGGAGUCUCAAGCCUUUGUACACAAAUACAAGCAUUCUGUACCUACACUGGAUGUUGACCUGCUGCCUCGAACCAAGGCCACCCAUAAGAAGAGUAUGUCAGAAAAGGACAAGCUGGUGGAACUGUAUCAAUACCCAGGGUAUAAUGAGCAUGAACCAACAGCACUGCCUAAUGAGACAAACCUGGCUGACGUAGUGGAGAAAGUUGUGUGUGCCCAGAGAAAGCCAGCAAGUGGAAAGGUUCGCUUUCCUCGAAAGAAACUACGGAUGUUCCUUACAGCUCCACUCUCCCAGGCUGUUCUGCUGGAUAGCUUCUGGUGGUUCUUUCUCCAAUUGUAUCAGCCAAACCAAGAGAUUCAGGCACGCCUAUUUGAUCGCAUUGCAAAGAACUAUGCCUCUCUCCUACUUGACUGUCACAAAUUCCACCACCAGGAGGCCCUCAUUAAAGCUUUCCCUUCCUUGCUGAGCCAAGCCUUGUACACCUGCUUCUGCUCCAGCUUCCCAGGGUCUUGGUUCAAUACGGAUGAGUUCAAGUCCCAGCUCUGUAAUGUGCUGUCGGAGUGGAUGGCAGGAACAUUGCCUGUCCCAGGGACCUACACAAGCUGGGACUACUCCCAGCUGGAACCAGAAAGAUUCAGGAGAGAAGAUCUGCUGUCAACAAAAAGGAAACAGAGUGUCACCUCCUUCCCCUUUGCUUCUUUCAAGACUCCCAGCAGUCUAGCGAAGACACAUCAGCCUUCCAUUCAGCCAUGGAAGCCCAGCCCUUUGAUGCAAGUUGUCAACAAGUGCCAGCCUGGUCAAAGAAGCCUACACAUCGAAUCCAGGGAAGCUGUACGUGGAUCUAUGUCCUUGAAAGGUGGCAGGGCCCUGCCAUGUGAUCUGCAGUUUAAAAAGAAUGAUGAAGAAAGUGGUUUGAAGCAGACCCAACAUGUGCUGGAGACAAGACGGCCAAAGAUCACUUUGCUUCAAAAAGAGUCACACCCAGCUUGUCAGGGCCCUGAGUUCACUUGGCAUCUUUUUAACAUCAAUGGGCACAGCCCACUAAUUCAGCACUUCCUCCAGAGCUACAAGGCUGAACCACAGGCUGGACAGGACAUCCUGAUUCACAGGAGAGAGAUCUACAAGCCUAUACCAGAGUCUUCUCCAACCUAUGCAGAUAUAAUCCAACAGAGUUUUCAUCAUCUCCGCCAGCUAGAAAGCACUUUCAAAAACAUGUACCAGCGACACUGCAGGGAAAUGAGGGAUUUUGACAAGCAGCAGCAGAAGGAAAAGCAAGAAUUCCUCAGGAAAGAGAAGCAAUUGCUCUUGGAAAAAGGAAAGAUGAAGACACUGAACCAACUGCUGCCCCCUCACUUAGAUGUACUUUGCAGUUCUGACAAGACUUUGGGUGCAUCAAGAAAUGUCAUCACUCAGGGCCAGCCUUAAAUUAAACUGUACCCUAAGCAAAAAAGAAUGUUAUCCUCCUAAAAUUUAUUGAGCAUAAAUGUCUGUUUGCAACUCUGCUGCAUCCUAAUACAGUAUGCUUUGGGCAGUCAACCCCAAACAUCAGAGCUUUUGCCACUGAUUAGGAACAGUCAAACCUGAAAAAGAUGUCGAUUCAGUUCACAGAAGCACUUGGAGAGUGUAAAUGUUUGAGUUCUAACCUCUUUGGUCUAUAAACCUAGACUGGAAAAAUCUCAUAAAAUGUGUAUUGUGUAAGAACUGAACGAAAGUGAUAUGUGGUGAUGAAAAAAGCCAGCUGCCUCUUUUUAAAGUUUGUUUUUAUUGCAGAGGUUUGAGUUGUCUUGUUUUAUUUGAACUCAUUUAAUCCUAGGCUAUGCAGCUCAGAUUCUUUGCAUCUCCUUGCCAACUACACCUAUGGUUGAAGCAACACUGGCCAGCUGGAGACUUUCCAAGAUGGAAGGAAGCUUGCUAGUUUUCUCUUCUGGUGAAACCUAGUAUGAAUCCAGCCCUGUCUUGGUUAUCCUAUCUGUGAAAUGAAGACAAUAUGUUUAUCCAUUGGACAGUAUUGUGAAGCGUAGUGUAUGGAUAGCAUUCUGGAACUAUCAAGUGGAAUGUGUUAUGUAUCCUAACUGCACUUCAGGAUGGGUAGCACUCUUUCCAGCUAUGUCCACUCAUCAAUCUGUCUCUAAAUAGGAAAAAAACAGAAGCAAGGACUUCUGAAACUAGGAAGCUAAUGUUAAGUGUUGUCUACAUAGGGUGAAUUGAUGGGAAUAGCUAUUCUGGUGUAACCGAAUGCUAUUCUGGAUUAAAAGGGUACUCCCAAAACU